GUCCAGCCAUCCGUCUCGCGCCGGCCCCGACUCGCACGCGCAUGGAGGGGCGCGCGAGCCCCCCGGGUGGGGCCCGGGGCCGCGCCGCGGCGGCCGUGCUGUGCCGCGGCCCCGUGGAGCCGCUUAUAUUCCUCGCCAACUUCGCGUUGGUCCUGCAGGGCCCGCUCACCACGCAGUACUUGUGGCACCGCUUCAGUGCCGACCUCGGCUACAACGGCACCCGCGACAGGGGCAGCUGCAGCAACCACAGCGCGGACCCCGUCAUGAAGGAAGUGGAGACCCUCACCUCCCACUGGACCCUCUACAUGAACCUGGGCGGCUUCCUGGUGGGGCUCUUCUCGUUCACGCUGCUGGGUGCCUGGAGUGACUGCGUGGGCCGCCGUCCGCUGCUGGUGCUGGCCUCCCUGGGCCUCCUGCUGCAGGCCGUCGUGUCCAUCUUUGUGGUGCAGCUGGAGCUCCACGUCGGCUACUUCGUGCUGGGCCGCAUCCUUUGCGCUCUCCUCGGGGACUUCAGUGGCCUCCUGGCCGCCGGCUUCGCGUCGGUGGCGGACGUCAGCUCCAGCCGCAGCCGCACCAUGCGAAUGGCCCUGCUGGAAUCGUGCAUCGGGGUCGCGGGGAUGUUGGCGAGCCUCCUCGGGGGCCACUGGCUCCGGGCCCAGGGGUACGCCAACCCCUUCUGGCUGGCCUUGGCCUUGUUGAUAGCCAUGACCCUCUAUGCCGCGUUCUGCUUUGGUGAGACGGUGAAGGAGCCAAAGCCUGCCCGGCUCUUCACGCUCCGGCACCACCGCUCCCUUGUCCGGCUCUACGUGACUUGGGCCCCGGAGAAGUCCAGGAGGCAUUUAGCCCUGUACUCGUUGGCCAUCUUCAUGGUGGUCACUGUGCACUUUGGGGCCCAGGACAUCCUGACCCUCUAUGAGCUGAGCAAGCCCCUCUGCUGGGACUCCAAGCUGAUCGGCUACGGUUCUGCGGCUCAGCACCUCCCGUACCUCACCAGCCUGCUGGGCUUGCAGCUUCUGCGGCACUGCCUGGCUGACGCGUGGGUGGCCGAGAUUGGCCUGGCCUUCAACAUUCUGGGGAUGGUGGUCUUUGCGUUUGCUACCAUCACCCCCCUCAUGUUCACAGGGUACGGGCUCUUGUUCCUGUCGUUAGUCACCACCCCCGUCGUCCGGGCCAAGCUCUCCAGGCUGGUGGGCGAGUCCGAGCAGGGUGCCCUCUUCUCUGCUGUGGCCUGCGUCAAUGCCUUGGCCAUGCUGAUGGCUUCUGGCAUCUUUAACUCUCUCUACCCAGCCACCCUGAACUUUAUGAAAGGGUUCCCCUUCCUCCUGGGAGCCGGUCUCCUCUUCAUCCCGGCCAUCCUGAUUGGGGCGCUGGAAAAGGCUAACCCUCGCCCUGAAUUCCAGCAGUUUCCCCAGAGCCCCUGAUCCGCCUGGACCCGAGGACAGAGGGCGGUGAGAGCAAAGUGAACACUAACCAGCAGAAAGCACGCGACCGGCUCCCAGCAGCCCCAGCACUGCCCCGCACAGGGCAAGUGCCAGCCUUGGACAGAGUGGCCAAGCUAGACUGCUGGGCCAGACUAUGACUCGAAUCUAGAACUGUAACCCACACAGCCCAACUUCGGGAGGCAGGGAGGGGGCCAUCGGGAAUGGGGUCUGUUUACCCUUGACCAUCAGCGGCACCGAACCCUCCAGGGGAGAGGAGAGGUCCCCGAUGCAGGUGACGCCGCAGGGACCAGUUGAAGCACGAGGGCUGGCAUCUCUGCUUCCCCAGCCCACACCGCACAGCUCACAGGGCUCCGUUCCUUGUGCACAGCCACCAGCCACUCCUGCGGUCAGAUGUGGUUCUGAGGGGAGGCGGUGAGAGGGGCCGGUUCCCUUCUGGAAAGUGCUGCUGUCUCUGGCUGGAAUCCAUCCUCUGGACUUAGCAGUGCCAAUCACAAUAAAUCCAUGUAAUCACA